CGUUGUUGCUUGGUGUGACGUUGUUACUCCACGAGUCUUUAGUGGUACUGCAAACAUAGGCCCACAUGUCCUCAACGAGACAUUGGAACUCACAUUGCCGGGAGAGAGAGUGCUAGUGGAAGAUGUUUACGUGCACGCAAUGGAAAACAUGCUAAGUUUUCCAAAGGAUAUAUUAUUGGAGCCUAAAUUUAUAUGAAAGAACAAGAUGGCAAUAAUGAAGGCUUUAUGUUUGAAACGAUUGGUAGCGCCAUGACCAAUACAAUGUUCCAUGGAACACCGUGCAUGUACGGUGGGGUCAUCGUCGCAUUCGACGGGAGUGCCGUGCGGAUUUGGCGCCCUGAUGAUGUAAAUGGAGCAGCUGUGUGUAUUCCUGACACCAUGGGAGACGGGAGGUACAGCCAGGCGGCUUUCGGUGGGGAGUUGACUGUUGUUGUGUACGUCAUCGUAAUCGAAGACGAAAAAGUUUAUGAACCACCGAUAUAUAUGUGCCACCACUUUCAAAGAAACUCUACUAACACCGGGUACAACUCUUCUGCAAUUGCGACAACUAAUGCAACUUCAUUGCCAGCAUGUGACUCCGCCUGUCGAACGCACUACGCAUGCGAGCUGUACACAUUCAACAUGGCUCUCGGAUGCAGAAUGUACAACGAAACUGACUUCAGUCUAGUGUAUGCAGAACCCAAUACAGAGCUUGAGAUACUUUAUCUGAGGCACUAUUGCUAACGCAUAUAUUUUGAAACUACUUUUUUUUCACAGAUUCAACAUAUUUUUUAGCAAAACAUACGGGUUUAUGGAGUUGCCGUGCACUAUGCUUCAUCGCGACCGAAACAACAUAUCAAUAUAGUGCAAAAGAGCGCAAGUAGUACAAUUCUGUUUUAAUGAAUAAUACUUUUUAAAAUACAGUAGUUUGUGAUCUAGUGGUUUAACUGGCUGCGUAAAGUGUAACGGUGCUUGCAGUUAUACAAAAUAUAGUACUAUUCAUGCAUUGACAAUACCAACAGACACGUUAAUGAAAUAUCAAGCACAAAUAUUCCGUCAAUAUGAUUACAAUGUUCUACAAUUCAAUUUUUAAGCUAAUACAGCUCUCUAUCGUUUUAAAAUAAGUGAAUUCGUUAGCGUUUGAGUAGAUACUAAGCUUGCAGUUAUUAAACGUAAAAUAGUGAUUUUAAAUUGCGAAAACAAUCUCGCAAAUGACAAACUAGUGUACAUGCUGCUACCAUACAUAAUAAAAGCUAUGUAGUUUA